AUGCGCAGAGUGGUCGGAAGAAGGAGCCACCUGGUCAUCCUGCUUGCUAGCCUGAGGUGGAGCAAAAGGCGAAGGUGGAACCUGCUGUUGCUCAUCAUCAAAAGGCAUGUGAGCAACAAGAGCAACAUCAGAGAAAGGUGGGUGAGGAAGGUGGUGGAGGUACCAGAUGUCAUGGGCCUACUACAGAAGUUGGAUGUGCAUCAGCAAGGACUUGGGUAG